GCAAUGAGUGGCCUUUGGCGUUGUAGGUGGGACGCUACCGGAUGUCUGUAAUUUUUGCAGUUCUGUACUUGGACUGCGUACUUAAGUCAUGAAGUUUGCGAGGGGCUGGGAGUGUAAAACUGAACCUUACUUUACGUGUGCCACAUCAUUUGCAUAAAUGAAAUUGACUACAAGAACCGAAUGAAUUAGAUUGAAGUUAACGGAGCUGAUUGAUGGAAAUUUUAAUGUAAACACGAAUUAUUCGCUGUCGGAUUUUCUUACGUGGAUCGCAUGAAGAUGUGAUGCCCCAAAACGGAUAUAACUGAUCUGACCAGGUACAGGUUUUGUGCAACCGAACUCGGACUUCAGCUAAUGAGACUGCUGACGAUUUGGAACCUCUUUUGGAGAACAUGGAUCCAAAGUUGGGAAUCAGCACACAGACUCUUGUAUCAGCGAGUGGUCAGCAGAAGGGGGCAAAACUCCCACAAUAUGUGGCUGCCAUAUCAGUUACGUUGGGCGCAUUUGCGUUGGGUAAUGUUCUCGCAUGGACGUCUCCAACUCAGGGAGAACUUGAAGGCACGCUCGGAACUUCAGAUUGGUCGUGGGUAGGCGCUCUAAUGGCACUGGGAGCUGCUGUUGCUGUUAUUCCCAUUGGGUACCUGAUCGACAGAAUUGGACGUAAAUACACAAUGUUGGGACUGGUUCUGCCAUUCACUGCUGGAUGGGCACUCAUUGCGUGGGCGGAAGACUCUGCUCCGAUGUAUAUGGUGGGACGAUUCAUCACUGGCAUGAUGGGCGGAGCAUUCAGUCUCACGGCCCCGGUAUAUACGAGCGAGAUUUCUGAGAAGGAAAUACGCGGCACGCUCGGAAGUUAUUUCCAGUUGAUGGUGACUAUUGGCAUCCUCUUUGUCUAUGGACUCGGCAGCGUGCUGAGUGUAUUUACUUUAUCUGUGGUCUGUGGUGUCGUACCACUCGUAUUUGGCGCCGCCUUCAUAUUCAUGCCAGAGACACCACUGUACUACUUACAGAAGGGGAAAAAGGACGAUGCACAGGCGUCUCUGCAAUGGUUCAGAGGACGAAAUUACGAUGUCGGUGCCGAGCUUCAGGAGAUACAGACAUCGGUCGAUGAAGCGGCCGCUCAGAGACUGUCCAUUACGCAAGCGUUUCGAACGACAGAAGCUAAGAAGGGGCUGAUGGUCGCGUUUGGCCUCAUGAUUUUUCAGCAGCUCAGUGGAGUCAAUGCCGUCAUCUUCUACACCACUGACAUUUUUAGAAGUGCUGGAAGUACACUGGAAGCAUCGACAGCAACGAUUAUUGUGGGCGUGAUCCAGGCAAUUACCACAUUCAUUUCAACACUUGUUGUUGACCGCCUCGGUCGUCGAAUUCUUCUUCUUAUCUCUGAUUUUGUCAUGGCCAUCUGCACUCUACUGCUUGGGGUUUUCUUCUACUUGAAAGAUGAAACAACAGACGAUGUCUCCGAUCUUGGCUGGUUACCGCUCACCAGCGUGUGUUUAUUUAUUGUCGUGUUCUCGCUCGGUUACGGUCCUAUACCGUGGAUGAUGGUAGGUGAACUUUUCGCUCCGCAGAUCAAAGGAUUUGCAAGUUCCUUCUCUUGUGUCCUCAACUGGAUUCUGGCAUUUAUUGUAACGAAGUUCUACUCUGACCUGGCUGAUUCAUUUGGCUCGUAUACAACAUUCUGGAUAUUUGCCGUCAUAUCAGGUAUUGGGACGGUGUUCGUUUUCUUCCUCGUCCCUGAAACAAAAGGCAAGACGCUGGACGAGAUCCAGAAAGAACUCGGUGGGUCUGCACCUGCCACUUCAGUUGCAAAUGCAGAGAGUCCGAAGGACUGAGUUCAUCACCCGCAAGCUGAGGUUCAAACCAAAGAAUUACAUUGCCACGUCCCAGUACUAAAUGUACUGCAUAUUAAUUCUACAUGCACAGGAAUUUUACGCUCAAAAACGUUCCUAUUUUCUAAUGGUGGGUUUAUGUACAUUAAAGCAAUACACUGGUGUUUCGUAAACUCUUGAAUGUCCCCCCACUGGUAACGUAGUAACUCGGAUCAGAUGGUAACGUGUUCGAAUUUCAGUGCUGGACAAUAUUAAUGGAUCUGUAAUUAGUUAAUGGUCAGAUCAGUUACCUUUUCUAUGAAAUGUUUUCAUGGUUAUUUACCUUUUAAUUAUUUAGUUAACUUCCAGCAGCACUGAAAGCGUUAGUUGACGCUCAUAUUCAGUAAGCUCGUCAAUUAAUUCCUAGGACUAAUUAAUCAUUGUGCAUAAUCUUUAAAUUAUUAACGUUGCCAUCAUUUCUUAAAAUUCAUACUUUUCAAAGUUUUAUGCAAAGUCCUUUAAAAACUUUUAAUGAUAAUAGUACUUUUAAAUGCAGCUUGCUAAGUAUGGUUAUGUACCAUUAAAGACAGGCUAGGUAUACGUUUGAGAAACCUGUGUUACGCCACAUAUCAUUAUGAACUGUUUUCCAGCCCCAUGCAGAAUUAUUUUAAGAAUGUUGAUAUUUAAUGUAAAUAAUAAAUUUGUUUAUUGUUA